CCACGGAGGACCAGCGGCUUUAUUUCUCUGGCCACAAGCGUGUGCACGCCAUCAAGUAUCAGGGCAUCAUGUGUGCCAACGGCAUCAUCGUGGAGAUGAAUGGCCCUUACCCGGGACACCGACACGACGCCGGUAUCCUGCGGCUGAGCGGCCUUUAUGAAAGGCUUGAGGACCUCGUGCAGGGCAGCGUAUACACAAUCUACGGUGACCCUGCCUAUCCUUUGCGGCCUUUGUUGCAGAAACCAUUCAUGGGUGCUAGCUUGACUGCCGCAGAGCAGAACUUUAACAAAAAAAUGAGCAGCGUGAGGCAAGCAGUAGAAUGGGGCUUUGGGAAAGUGUCAACUCUCUUCGCUUUUGUAGAUUACAAAAAAAAAUCAGAAGCACAGGCUGCAGCGCGUCACCUGGCGCUCUUCAAUGGCCAGGCGCCUCUCCAUCUGGCGCUCCUCCAUGGCGAGACGCCUUUCCUCAAGAGCGAUCUCUAG